AUGUUGCCAGCGUUUGUCGCCAGGCUCAUUAUAACUGUUUUCGGAGUUAUGCACCCCUCUUAUAGAACUUAUAAAGCCAUUAAAAGGAAAGAUUAUCAGGAAGUGGUGACACUUGGCAUGUACUGGGUAGUGUUCAGCAUGUAUAUAACUUUGGAGCUGGUGACGGAUAUUUUACUCCAAUGGCUGCCUUUUUAUUACGAAGCGAAGACUCUAUUCGUCAUUUGGCUUGUCACACCAGCCACUUCUGGGUAUAGUUUUAUAUACCGAAAAGUAAUCCACCCCGAGCUUACUAAGAGAGAAACCGAAAUUGACGAGGCCAUAAACAGAGCAAAAGAAAAAGGAUAUUCGAAAGUCGUGGAGUUUGGUGCCAAAGGACUAAAUUAUGCUGCGAAGGCUGUUCUUUCCGGUGCACUGUUGGGACAAGAUUUUCUAGCUGAUCGCCUUGGUAAACGAAGCUCAAGCAUGUUUGAACUUAAUCGUGGACCUAUAGUGAGACGGCAGAAGCUGAGGACCACUGAGGUAUUCGAUUAUGAUGAUCCCGACUUCGUUAGUCAUUUACGAGGUUUGAGUAACGUACCUGAAGACACAGAGCAUUCUUCUGAAGAUCCUCAAUCGAUCUCGUCUACCCGACACGUUUCAACUAGACGUACAAAUGUUGCUCAGACGGAUAAGUGAGUGUACUGCUUUGUUGAUUUUAUUUUUCCUCAUACACAGUAGUUUGUUAUCAUUGAUACAUUUGCACUUGGUUCAUUCCACCCUAUAUGAAUACACAAAUAAUAUUUUCAACGGAAAGAUGUUAAAGUUUGAAGCAUUAACGUUAUUUUUUAAUUAUUCUAUAAUCUUCACAGUUGAUACCGAUAUGGUUACUUCUAUUCUUCUAACACUUUCAUAUAUCCAAUCGUAAGGUGAAGGGGUCGCGUUUGUAAUUGACCUUUUGUAGAUAUCUUUUAUUCUGACUUGAGGAUAAAGUCAACCAACGAUUGACUAGAUAAUUUCAUGUACCACAUGUUUAAACCAUUCAGUUUACGAACUGUAAACAAAAAUCCCUAUUUCAUUUGCAUGGUUUCUACAAAAUAACUAUAUUGUGC